CAUUUAUGUAGUUUGCCCCGUACUUUCAUCGCGUAAACGCGCGGCCACGUCGCGUUCCAAAUUUAAAAAAAUCAGUGUUAUUAUUAUUUUUUUUUUUCGUUACAAAAUCAAUUUACGUGCCUGUAUGAUUUUUUAUCUGUGAAAAUUAAAUCGUGAAAAAAGUUGAGAGGUGACCUCGAGCUUUUCCCGGGAGCAUUGCUAUAGCAACGGAUGACGUCAAGUUCAGGGGCGAAGGGACAUUGGUCAACACCGGAAAGAACUGAUUGGUGCCGACUGCUGGAAUAGUGUUGAUGUUUAGUGAUAAGUGUAAAGUGUGAUUGAGUGAUGCUCAUAUAGUUUUAUGGGAAAGUGCACUUAAAUCGAAAUCAUGGGCUUAAUGACUUUUAUCAAAUUGGGUUACACCAUGCUGGUGGUAGCGAUUAUGUUAAUGAUAUGGGCAUCGCUCUCGGGAGCUUUGGAACUACACGUCGACACGGGUCAUCCAGCAUGCUUGUUCCAAGCACUUUGCACAUGCUCCAAGCCAGCCGGUGACCUGGGCAUCGUGACGUGCAACCACGUGCCGAUCCUUCGGGUGCCCGCCGCAGUCAAUAGCUCGAAGGUGUUCACGCUUCAGCUCACGGGGAAUAGGAUUAGGGAGCUGGAACCACAGUUCUUUCAAGCUACAGGGCUAUACAGACUUGCGAUUAAUGAGAAUCCAUUAGAGAGUAUACACGAGGAGGCUUUCUAUGGACUCGACAACACGCUAUGGGAGUUGGAGCUGAGGCAAGACAGACUGGCGACGGUGCCGAGUCGCGCGCUGAGGUAUCUGCAGAAACUUCGCUUGCUGGACUUGUCAGGCAAUGAAAUAACGGAUAUCUCUGGGGACAACUGGCGUGGUUUAGAGAACACCUUACAGACGUUGAUCUUGGCUGAUAACUCUAUAGCCAGCCUUCCCUUGGACGCGUUUUCUGGUCUGCCGAUGCUGGAUACCCUGGAUUUGCAAGGAAACCAUCUCUCCGUGAUCGAUAGUGGCGUUUUUAGAGAUGGCAUGAACAGACUGAAUAAGCUCCUUCUCGGUAACAACCAACUAACCCUGAUCCCGUACGAGGAACUGUCUCCGCUCCGACAACUCCGCUAUUUGGACCUCUCCAAGAAUCUGAUCAAGCAAGUGCCGCCCGCUCACGAGCUCAAUGGCGUUACAUUGUCAUUGGAUACUUUGAAAUUGGACUAUAACAUAAUAAAGGUCCUCAUGCCGGGCUCCUUCAAAUACUUCAACGUGUUGAAUACGACGUGUCUCGAUGGGAAUCCCAUUUAUACAAUCAGGGAAGACGCAUUCCGCAACGCCAAGAUCCGCUCCCUCUCGCUCCGAGACUGCAGCAUCUCGGAGCUCUCGCCAGCAUCCUUCGCGGGGCUGGAGAACAGCUUGCAGAACCUGGACUUGUCUGAAAACAACAUCACCAUGAUCUCCAAGUUCAUGCUGAAUAAGCUCGACUCGCUACGGUUCCUCAACUUGAGAGAGAAUAAGAUCGACUCUAAUCUCCUAGCGACCGGCAACCCGUCGGACUUCUCAGUGACCUCAGUUAAUAAUUUCCAAUAUAAGCUCUUUUAUUUGGACAUCAGCGGGUCUUCGCCCAUCGAGAUGAGCUUGCAGGACAUACGAAGAAUGCGAUCACUCCGAUACCUAGCUGUGAGCAAACUGAUACGUCGCAGCAUCAGCUCAGAGGAUUUUCUAGAAUAUGGCCUAGAAUUGGAAGACCUAAAGAUCUUCGGGAGCACAAUCACUAAGAUCGAAGCUAGCGCUUUCCAACACGUUAGAACGAUCAAGACGUUGGAUCUAUCGGAGAAUAGGAUUGAUUUUAUCGACCCGUUUGCUUUUGCUGAGCUGCACAGUCUGACAACACUCAAAAUGGCGAACGGUCUGUCCGACUCAGUGAAGAUAUUACCAUUUGAACCCUUGAAAGCACUAAUCGAGCUGCAGAAUCUAGACCUCAGCAACAAUAAGCUGAAGAAUGUUCCGGAUACGUCCUUCCACUUUCUAUACAAGAUGAGGAUUUUGAAUCUACAAGACAAUAUCAUAGAACAUUUUUCUAAAGGAACAUUACAGGGAGACAUCCACAAACAGCUAUUGGGCGUUUAUCUGUCCUUCAACAAAAUGACAAAAAUCGUCCAACACACAUUCGUAGAUCUUCGGGAAUUGCAAGAAAUCUUAAUGGAGGACAACCUAAUAGAAACAAUCGAGAGACGAGCCUUCAUGAGUUUGGAUAAUGUGAAAAUUAUCAAGCUACAAGGGAACAGACUAAACGAUAUUAGCGAAGAAGCGUUCCAGAAUUUGCCAGCUUUGAAAGAGUUGGACAUAUCAUUCAAUCGUCUAGAGACGUUUAAAUUCUCGAUAUUCGACCAAGUGGGAUCAGCGACUGCACUCAAAGUGAACGCUUCAUACAACCAAAUUAUCUCACUCACCGACUCUAACGCACCAAGUUUCUUUUCAUCUAACUUCUACCCACCACCUAAAGCGCAAAGCUUAAUAUCGUUGGACGAGCAAGAAAAUUCAGAUAAGAGGGCUGUUACGGCGUCGCCGUAUCGUUUGUUUUGUCUCGGGACGGUAUCUGUGAAUAUUCGUGUCUUGGAUUUCUCACAUAACAACAUCUCUUACAUCGCUCCCUAUUACUUUAGGCACGCAGAUUUGACAUUGUCGGAACUUCAUUUAUCACACAACCAAAUAAGGAACAUUACGAGAGAAGUGUUUGGCUCUAUGCUGAUGUUGCAAUACCUUGAUCUAUCACAUAAUCAAAUAUUCCAUAUGGAGUAUGACUGCUUUAAGAAAGUCAAAAACCUACAGAUGAUGGACUUGUGUGGACGUCAACUUGGUUUAAUGAUUUAUGGUUUUUUGCGAAUUUUGGACUUGUCACAUAAUCACUUAAUUGAACUACCGGUAGAAGUGUUCCAUGAUAUGCAGAUGUUGACUUCAGUCGAUUUGUCUCACAACCGUAUUCGAAAUUUGGCUGAUAACCUUAUUUUAUCAGCAGCUUUGGAAAGGCUAGAUCUAUCGAACAAUGACUUAUCAAGAAUGCCUACAAACGCCCUAUCACCAGGAGCAGCAGCUAAUCUAGUAGAACUAGAUCUAAGUUCCAACACUGUACCAGCGGUGGCAAUCCCAGAUUUAGUUCAAAGAUUUAGGAGCGGCGAGGGGGGCGAGUUCUGGCCCGAGGACAGCGACUACAGCGAUGAGUACAUGUACCACACCGCUAGGCGCGACCACACCAGGGUCUUCCACCAUAAAAAGCAAUAUCCGCAGAACAUUUUCUACAAGUCUCUAGCUUGGUUAGAUCUAUCAAACAAUCACUUGGUCAGAAUUGAAAACGGUGCAUUCGGGGCCUUGCCAAGAUUGCGUUGGUUAGAUUUGAGCAAUAACUUGCCUUUUAACAAUGGUGAACGUGGUGGAAACAUUUUCAAAGGUCUUGAGAGGAGACUGUCUUACCUUGGAUUGAAGAACGUCAGUCUGCAAACUCUACCCUCACUACCCUUGCCGAAGUUAAGAACUCUGGAUCUAUCAUACAACAACCUUCCAUCAAUCCCAACCGACAUCACAGCUAACCUCACUCGUUUGAGAGCAUUCGACUUAUCCUUCAACGAUUUGACUAAAGUGCCCGUGGCUACUCAUUCCCUAAGCGACCUCCGCUGGUUGUCUCUCUCCGGCAAUCCAAUAACAGCGCUGAUGAACACCAGCUUGUACGGGCUGUCGCCGCGGCUUGAGUAUCUUGAUGUUACUAAGCUGCGCUUGAGUAUCUUAGAGUACGGCGUGUUCAGCAAAAUGUACGGAUUACGAACACUGAAAAUAUCCGUGAACGGUAUGGUCCGGGACUUCAACAUACCGAAAAUGACGUCACAGAACGCCGCGCUCGAGAACUUGUACCUGUCGGUGGAGAGCUCGCAGGUGGACCUCGGGAACGAGAUGGCGGGCGACUUGCCGUGUAAACUGAAUAACAUCACGUUGACUGGAAGGGACUUGAAGUUUAUCUCGCAAAAUCUGCUUAGCGGCGUUUGCUCAGAGGAGUUGAAACUGACGAUAUUCAACACAAGCAUCGAGGACAUAUCCUUCGAAGUGUUCUACAAACACGGGAACAUCAAGAACUUAUCGCUGGACUUGAGGAACAACAACCUGAAGCGAGUUCCCAACCCAGCGCGGAAGGAGUGGCCCGGAGUACCCAAUAAUUUGUUCCUUGAAGACAUCCUGGUUGCAGGAAAUCCUUUAGUCUGCGACUGUGGAAUUGGGUGGAUCCAGGCGUGGGCGCGCAAGCGGCGGCAGUACCUGUGCGCGGCGCCGGCCGCCUGCGCCGCGCGCGACGACGUGCGCCUCGCCACCUGCCCCUCCUACCAGAACAGGACGCUCAGCGAUAUAAUAUCCAAAGAGCUGGACUGCAGCUGGAGCCGCGGCUACUUCACCGUGUCCAACGUGCUCACGGUGUUCGCGCUGGUGCUCACCAGCUUCCUCAUUUGAGAUUACUAGCCUUUCUGUUCAGCCACUUCUUAUUUAUGCACGCUUUUCGAAACCUAACAUAUUACGAUAAUAGAAUUUUAGAACCUUAAGCUAAAGUUUUAAGAAAUGAGUGAAUUAAUGGAAUACCUCUCUUUCAGUGGUCCAUAAUGAUGCCAGGCCUAUUUGCUUUGUUUUCAAUGCCAAUCUAGACUUAACCUUUUUUAUGUAGGUUUUAAGAUUAUUUCUCUUUGUAGGAUUACGGUAGGGUAGUGAAAUCUAUUUGCUAUUGAGCUUUCUUUUCGUGUUCAUUUCUGUGUUCUUUAACUGUAGAUGGUGUAUGACUAUCGUUUUAGUUCCGUGGCAUUGAAAACGAAGGUGUCGAUGAAUAUAUUUUGUGAUAUAUAUUAACUCUAAUCCUUCUAUUUUUGAUAAGCCUACGAUAAUUAUUGCUAACUUGGGAAUUGUACAGCUGAACUUGAAAUUGUCUUCAAUUAUCUGGGAAGCUUAAGUGUAAUAUUGCUUGUCAAUUUGAAGACGGGUUAUCAUUUUGCGUUGUUUGUUUUUAUUGGAAAUUAUGACUGUAUAUAGUUCGAAUUUAAUUUUAAUUUUAAUUGUUAUAGGUUCAAUUUUGUAUUGGGUAAUAUUUAUCUACAAAGUCUUUUUAAAUGAUAAAGUUGAUAUGUUUAAAAAUAUGUGUCGUACCAAAAAACUACUUGUGAUGUAUUUUCGCUUAGAUGUUUAAUAAAUGUUGUUCAAUAUCUAAAAAUGAUUAUUAUGUAAUUUUAUUGAAUGUUUUAAUUUCAUUUACAUCGAAUCCACGUAUCAUUGCAUCGUUCAAAAUGCUAAGUACCUGUUGAAAUUAUUUAUGCUAUUUUAGAAAUUUGUUAAAACUUUUUCCAAUAAUACCUUUUAAUGAUAGGUUUACAAACUUCUGAAUGUGAUAGAACUUAGCUAGUGCCAAUAAAAUUAAUUAUAAUAAGAUAUAUAAUACAUGAUUAUACCAAUUUCCUUCUAUUGAUAUAUACUAUGAAAUUAUACUAACGAAUGUUAGACAAGAGUUAUCAAAAGGUAAACGGAUUAUUUACAUUUUAAGGCAAGAAUUUGGGUAUUUUUAAUAGGAGGUAGUCGAGCAUUUGCUAGUAUAAUUGAAAAUUUAAUAUAGAUUCAUAAAUUAUACAUGAAUGUUGUACAUAAAGGAAAUGGCUUAAAGGAUAUGAAUUAAUGAGAUGUGUGUGUUUUAUAUUAAGGAUGGUUGCGCCAUUUUGUGGUGUAUUAAUUAAUGGUUUAAUUUGUUUAUCCAUCGAAUUGGAUAAACUUUACCUUGAUGAGCAAAAGAACAACAGUUAAAAUCAUUAAGUUAAUUUCUUUGAUUUUUUAUUACUAAUUUCGUUGACAUUUUCUUGACUUCUUUUUGAUAAAUAUUAUACCAUCUUUCCGUGUCCCAGUUUUUUAAUUGUCACGUUUCUAUAUAAAAUAUGCGGUUGCUUAAACAGAGUAUGAAUGGUAUCUAGAAAAAAUCUCCUAUUAACUUUUUAGAAGUUUAUAUACUUGUUUGAUCUCGGAUGGAAUAAAAAGGGAGUUGGUUUAUUAUUUAUUCAACCAAUACUUAAUGGCGUAACCAAGGUAUUUCUUUAAAACAAAAUAAUAUUGUAAUCACUAUUUAAACAACUCUCUAAAAUAGUGUGAAAUAAAAAUAAUCAUUGAA